GAAGAAGAACCCUAACUAAACCCAACGUCGGCCUCUCUUUCUCUCUCUCUCUCCGCUUCUCUCGUCAAUCGCCGACCAUGGCCAAGGACAAACUCAAGCCUCUUCCCUCCUCUGAUACUGCAGGCGAAAUCGCUGAUACUACUCCGCGAGAGAAGAAGCAUAAGAAGAAGAGCAAGAAGCGAGCUGAACCUGAACCCGAUAUACCCUCUACGCGUGAUUUCGGUCUUGAUGAAGAUAGAGAUGGAGUGUUGGUAGAUGAUACUCUUAAUGAGCCAACGAUAGGUGAUAAACUUGAGAGUCUUGACUUAUUAAAUGGCGAAAAGGUUAUCAGUGAGGAGAUUGAUAGAGCUUCUGCUCCGGGCGAUGAUAAGCCUCCUACUGCAGCCUCUGUUAACGUUCUUCUGAGACAAGCAUUACAUGCUGACGAUCGAUCUCUUCUACUUGACUGCUUCUACAACCGAGAUGAGCAGGUGAUUGCUAAUUCGGUCGCCAAGUUGAAUUCAGCAGAAGUACUCAAGCUUCUAAAUGCCCUUCUACCAAUACUACAAUCAAGGGGUGCAAUUUUGGCUUGUGCGAUUCCGUGGAUAAAGAGUCUGUUACUUACUCAUUCUAGUGGAAUUAUGUCUCAAGAGUCAUCGUUGCUUGCACUAAACACCAUGUAUCAGCUCAUCGAAUCACGGGUUUCAACUAUUCAUACUGCCGUAGAGGUCUCAAGUGGCUUGGACUUGAUUGUGGACGACUUAGAUGAAGAAGAAGAUGAAGGUCCCGUGAUCUAUGAGGACAAGGACAGUGAUGAAGAAGAAGGAGAAGGAAUAGAGGAAGCAAUGGAGACAGAUGAAGAGGCAGACGACUCAGCGGAUGAAGCAGCUGAUGGUGUGAAUGAUUUUGAAGGAUUUGACGACAUGAGCGAUUGAUAAAGCUCCUGAAAAAGGCAAAAGUUUUGAUUUGUGUGAGGCUGAUUGAUUGUUUAGUUGUCAAGAAUAUGGCUAAAAGGUACAAUCUUUCGUCAAGAAGUCUGUAAUACGUAAUGGUUAUAUCGAUAUGGACGAGACUUUGUACGCAGGAAGAAUUAGUUUUUUUUUUUUAAUACAUAAAAGAAAAAAUUGACAAGAA